UGCGCGUCAUUACGGUAACUAGGCGGAAACAUGGCGCUGUCCUGUUCCAGCCUGUGCAGCCGUUUGUCUUUGAUCCGACUAUGUGGUCUCAGGGCGAACAGAAUAACAAAUGGCCUUUAUUCUCCCUGCGUGUCCCGUCAGUCCAGUUUGUCUCUGUGUAGACACUACUCGUCGUCCAAAGUUAGGCGAGGUAUCGGUCGAUAUGUCGCCUCCAGGCUCCAGUGGGCAAAUGUCAAAUAUGAAGGUUUCCUCAAAAGCAGAUUUCCCCGCUUUUAUCAGCUCUACCACACUUUUGUUGAAGUCACUCUAGGAUUCAAGCUACUUUUCCAAGACGCCAAAGAUGUGAAGAGGAUAAAAAUAAAAAUGGCCAGUGAAAGACUGCGGGUCCAGGAUUUACCCUACAGGGACAUGGAGAAACUCAGACAGUUUCGCAGAGACGUGAUUAAGGCCAUUCCUCUGGUGAUGAUCUCUAUCCCUCCCUUCGCCAACUACCUGGUCUUUGUCUUGAUGUACUUUUUCCCUCGCCAGCUCCUGAUCCGUCAUUUCUGGACUCCCAGGCAGCAGGUGGAGUUUCGGGGUGUGUAUCAUUCCUUCAGGGCGAAGCAGCACCGGCCGGUGCUCAAAGGGCUCGAGUAUACGAGCGGCCGGGUCAAAGAUGGUCAGCUGCAGGGUCGCCUUAAGGACUUGUGCGCUAAGGUGCAAAGUGGAGGAAACCCUCAAGUGUCUGAAAUCCUUGCUGUUCGACGCGUGUUUGCUGGACCCCCUCUGGGUGUAAAGAGGAUGAGAGUGAAUCACAUGAGACACAUCAGCCCCCUGCUCUUCCUGACACCUCGCCUCCCGGGUUUCCUGAUUCGCCAUCGGCUGAACAGCCACGCCCUGGAGCUGCUCUGGCUGGACCGCGCCCUCAGCCGGCUGGGCGCUCACCAGCUGAGUGACUCUGAACUCAAACAUGCUUGUUAUCUGAGGGGUCUCAAUUCUGAUAGUCUUAGCCCUAACCAGUGCCGUGAGUGGUUAUCCCAGUGGCUUCAGGUGUCCUCCUCUUUAAAAGAAUCUGAGGUGUCACUGCUCCUGCACAGCAUUGUAUUGCUCUCUGCCAACUACCCCAACGGUCCCAACCGCCACUGACAGGAAGCCUGAAGCAAUGUGCUUUUGCGAUUAUGUUCUGUUUCGUGCACUGCGCAGCACAACUUCCUAUAAGUUGUCAACAUCUUUUUUGCUAAGGAAAAAACAUUUUAGAGCUGUUCUUGGCAAGAUUUUCAGGUUUAGACUUAAAAAAGAACCUAAAACUCAAAGCAGGUCUGCAGUAAAGAAAAAAGAUCUCAUCCAUUGUUUAAAAAAAAAAAAAAAAAAACAACAAAAAAAUCUCCUUUUGCCAAUUAAAGCUCUCGUGUUAGCUGCAAACAUCCUCACUAAUAUGAAGUGACUGAUACCACUGACUAAACACUAAGUUAACAGAUUUCAUUUGCAAAUAUAAUGUGAACAGUGUCUUAAUUAGAUGGAUAGAACUCCGCUUCAUACAUCAGGUUGAUAAAACACUGUUAGAAGAUGUUAUAACUUAGAAAACUUGCUCGGUGUAGUUCUCAUAUCUAGCAGCAUAAAGCUCCAACCCUCCUGAGGGAUUUAAAUUGUGAUGCACUGGACAAUAUUUAGUGGUGACGUCGAGGUAAUUUCAUUAUUGCCUGUCGCUGUAUCUCAAGCUUGUUACCACUUAAAAAAAAAAAAAAAAAGGCACAGACUGGUCAUCUGUUUACUUCUAAGCUAGCACAACAUUACACAGCUAAUAAAGACAAGCAGGGAAACAAAGAGGAUAUUCUUUAGUCAGAGUUCAGCGGUAGUUCAUGGUCUGUUCAUAUCUUGCUCGAGGAAUGGUGCAAUUGUUCCGACACAUUCCAUUCAUGAAAAAAAAAAAAAAAUACAGAUAAAAGAGCUUUUACAUGUGUUAAUGUGUUCAUUAACAUGUUCUCAUCAAACACGUACUGUAUUUUCUUGUACUUGAAACCUCACUUUGUAUUCUGCACUUAUUUCUUUUAACAUCAACGAUGCCGGAUCAUGCAGAAAGAAUUGUAGAUAACGUGUGAAGGAGGAAUUUUGUGGCAACUGUCUAGAGGGAAGGAAAUAGUUUAGUAAAAUGCUGAACAGCUGGUCGUCAUUGAAAAAAAAAAAACAACAAAUCAGUAGUGAAAGCACCUUUUUUAAAAGAAAGAAAAAAUGUUGAUUGAUCCUAAAUAGAUUGAAAAAAAAUUAUUUAAUUGCAAAGACAUUCAAUCUUGUGUGUGGUGAGAAGCUGAACUUUCUGCAAAUGAUGAUUAUUAUCCUCAUAAACCUGUUUGGGAUGCAGCACAGCAGGUACAAGCUGUCUGAAGAGAGUCGUGAUGGCACUUUAUGUUAUUGUUUACUUGAUGUUUUCUUGCUUCGGGAGCUUAAAAAUGACAUGAACUUAUCCCAGUUCAGACCAUACCGCAGCACGAAAUUUCAUUCAAGCUUUUUCUUUUUGUUUUCCUGCUGCAGGUCGAUGCUACAGAAAGGAACUGCGCAUCCCUUGCGCUGUCAUUUGUGUUGUAAAGUGUAAAAUAGGAAAUGUCAUAAGCUUCCUGUGCCUUUCGCAAGGAGAGGCACGUAACGUUAGAGAUAAUUUGCAAAAUUAUAUUCUGUUUAAGAUUUUUCUUUUUUAUAUAUAUAUAAUUUUUUUUUGCUCAACAGGCUUUGAAUGUGUUGCUGUGCCAUAUUAUAUACACUGUAAUGGGACUGUGUCUGAAAUAAAUACCUAAUGGUGA